UGCUUGUGGGCAGGCGCCGGAGGCUGUCGGCUGGAGAAGCCAGCGCUGCGGUGAGCUGUGACCAGGGCUUCGGAAGUGGGAGUCUCGGACUUCGUCAUUCUGGGCUGCAUGACUUUCUGAGAUCCUGAGUUUCGGUCCCCAGCUCCUGCGUUUGGAGACCAGACUCGGGCUCCGCGGGGGCCGUGCCGGGUGGUCUGCGACCCCGCGUCCAUGACCAAGCCCUACGAGUGAUCGGCCUGCCUUCAGGUCCACCCGAGGGGACGCUCGUCGGGGACCUGUCCACCUACAAAGCCAGUGUUGUGAAGAUUGCCCCGGGAAAAAGGAAGGAUGCCGCUCUUCUUCCGGAAGCGGAAACCCAGUGAGGAGGCUCGGAAACGCCUGGAGUACCAGAUGUGUCUGGCAAAAGAAGCUGGGGCAGAUGACAUUCUUGACAUUUCUAAAUGUGAGCUCUCAGAGAUUCCAUUUGGAGUUUUUGCAACAUGCAAAGUUCUACAAAAGAAGGUGUUGAUUGUCCACACAAAUCACCUCACUUCCCUGCUUCCUAAAUCCUGCAGCCUCCUGAGUCUCGCAACCAUCAAGGUUCUGGAUCUUCACGAUAAUCAGCUGACAGCCCUUCCUGAUGACAUAGGACAGCUGACGUCCCUCCAGGUGUUGAACGUGGAAAGGAAUCAACUGACGUAUCUCCCACGUUCCAUUGGGAACCUGACUCAGCUCCAGACCCUCAACGUGAAAGACAACAAGCUGAAGGAGCUUCCAGACACGCUGGGGGAACUUCGAAGCUUACGAACUCUCGACAUCAGCGAAAACGAGAUUCAGAGAUUGCCACAGAUGCUGGCGCAUGUUCGAACCCUGGAGACUCUGAGCCUCGACGCCUCGUCCAUGGUUUACCCCCCACAGGAGGUGUGCAGCGCCGGCACUGAGGCCAUUCAGCAGUUCCUCUGCAAAGAGUCAGGGCUGGAAUAUUACCCGCCUUCUCAGUACCUGCUGCCAGUCCUGGAGCAAGAUGGAGCCGAGAACUCCCGGGACAGUCCCGACGGGCCCACGGACAGAUUCUCCAGGGAGGAGGUCGAGUGGCAGAAUAGAUUCUCAGACUAUGAGAAGAGGAAGGAACAGAAGAUGCUGGAGAAACUCGAGUUUGAGCGGCGCCUGGAACUCGGGCAGCGAGAGCAUGCCCAGCUCCUUCAGCAGAGCAGCAGUCAGAAGGACGAGAUACUCCAGACGGUCAAGGAGGAGCAGUCUCGGCUGGAGCAGGGCCUGAGUGAGCGCCAGCGCUACCUUGACGCAGAGCGUCAGCGGCUACAGGAGCAACUGAAGCAGACGGAGCAGAACAUCUCCAACCGGAUCCAGAAACUCCUGCAGGAGAAUCAGAGGCAAAAGAAAAGUUCCGAGAUUCUAAAGUCACUGGAGAAUGAAAGAAUAAGAAUGGAACAGUUGAUGUCCAUAACGCAGGAGGAGACAGAGAACCUGCGGCGACGUGAGAUCGCCUCCGCCAUGCAGCAGAUGCUGACCGAGAGCUGUAAGAACCGGCUCAUCCAGAUGGCCUACGAGUCGCAGAGACAGAGCUUGGUCCAGCAGGCUUGUUCCAGCAUGGCCGAAAUGGACGAGCGGUUCCAACAGAUUCUGUCGUGGCAGCAGAUGGAUCAGAACAAAGCCAUCAGCCAGAUCCUGCAGGAGAGCACCAUGCAGAAGGCAGCCUUCGAGGCUCUCCAGGCGAAGAAGGACCUGAUGCUGCAGCGCAUCAGGAGCCAGAUUAAGUUAAUAGAAACUGAGUUAUUGCAGCUGACACAGCUGGAGUUAAAGAGGAAAUCUCUGGACACAGAGGCACUCCAGGAGAUGAUCUCGGAGCAGCGCUGGGCCCUCAGCAACCUGCUCCAGCAGCUGCUCAAAGAGAAGACACAGCGAGAGGAGGAGCUGCGCGAAAUCCUGAUGGAGUUAGAAGCCAAAAGUGAAACCAAGCAGGAAAAUUACUGGCUGAUACAGUAUCAACGGCUCUUGAACCAGAAACCCUUGUCCUUGAAGCUGCAGGAAGAAGGCAUGGAGCGCCCGCUGGCCGCCCUGCUGGUGGAGCUGUCGGCCGAGCACUACCUGCCCAUCUUUGCCCACCACCGCAUCUCGCUGGACAUGCUGGGCCGCAUGAGCCCCGAGGACCUGGCCAAGGUGGGCGUCACGGAGGCUGGCCUGCAGCACGAGAUCCUGCGGAGGGUCCAGGAGCUGCUGGAUGCAGCCAGGAUGCAGCCAGAGCUGCUGAAACCACCCAAGGCUAAGGUCCUUGAGCCCUUGGAGCCCACUGCCCCCGAGGAGUUUCCUGAGCCCGUGAGGCCAUCGGCUCCCCCCUCGGAGCUGGAGGUGCCAACCUCAGAAUGUGUCGUGUGCCUGGAACGGGAGGCCCAGAUGAUCUUCCUCAACUGCGGCCACAUCUGCUGCUGCCAGCAGUGCUGCCAGCCACUGCGCACCUGCCCGCUGUGCCGCCAGGAGAUCGCCCAGCGCCUCCGGAUCUACCACAGCAGCUGAGCGCCGGCCGCCAGCUCAGGCCUGGCCCCACCUCGCCACCUCAGGCUCGGGGCUCCAGCUCACCCCCUGCUCCAGCCAGACUAGUACGACUCCUCUCUGACCUGGGCGCUUUCCCCGCAGCCUGGGAAGGCGCCCCUAGCCUGAACUCCAAGUGCAUCUGGGCCAGGAGGGGAAGGGAGAGUUCCUGAGCGAUGGCGUUGCUGGUCUGAAUACUGCGGAGGAAGAGAGAAGACCCCUCAUGGCGCAAGGACAGGGUCUGGGGUGUGGAGAGGCAGCUGUCCAUAUCUGAGCACAGGACUCAGUGUCCUGGCCAGUGUGGCUCUGCCCCUCCAGGAGGCUUGAUGUCCUCGUCAGGGGACAGUGCCGUCCCACUCGGCAGGGUGCUGGGAGAGCAGGAGGCCGCUGGCGAGGGGAGGGGAGCCCGGGGUGAGGCUGGUAUGCAGUGUGGCGCUAGGCCACCAUGGGCUGUCCUCGGAUUGACCAGCCGGAAUGUGUUCAGUGCAGGCCUUGUGCCACAGCAACGCCACCCCUGCCUGCCUCUUCUGCUCCCCAGCGCUGCAGGCCCUUCUUUCCCGAUCUGCACCUCCUCACCCCACGCAGCUCACGGGCAGGCAAUGAGCUUUGCAGACCCAAAGUGGACCAUCAAUAAAUCCACCUCCAGCCUG